CAGAAGAAUCUGAGUCAGAGUGGUUGAAGUAUAGAGCCGUAAAAGCCAACAUAAUCACAACAAAAGAGCUGCGAAGCAUUAAAGAUUAAAGAUUAAAGGUUCUUCUCCUAAUCAGGAUGCACAUGUAUGAAAAGCUCCUUUGAGAGGCUGCAGAAUGAACAAAAGCUUCCACAUUUCUGAAAAAUAACUCAUCAAGCUGUUGCGUAAUUGAUUCUGUUCCUUCUUUUUUAUUAGUUUUGAAUUAUGGCCCAGACACCUCUCUCUCUCUCUCUCUCUCCACCUUUUCUUCUCCAUAUAUUCUGCCAGUUAAAGAAUGAGAUUGGCAGGUUCCCAAUCAUCUUCUCCGCUCUGCAGGAAGCAGCCAUGAUUGCAGCCAACAAUAAAAUCCUUUUUCAAAGCCUGAACUCCUAAGCCACCAUACUCACUCUCAACUUCCUCUCUUCUCCUUCCACUUAAAUAUCUAUAUCAAUCUCCAUAUCGCCUUUUCUUUCCCACAAUGAAUCAUUCUUCUUCCUCCUCUCCUGUCAAUGGCUUCUACAACUCCCUCACACAAGGCCUUGAUGAUCUGGACUGCACUUUCUCCUCCUCCAACUUCAUCUCAAUCCAUUUCCUCAAGCUUGUUCUCUCGUCCCUCAGGUCCUUUCAUGGCCAAUUAGCCAUUUUAGUGCAAAAGCUUCACUUGCCUGUUGGAGGAAAAUGGCUGGAUGAGUACAUGGAUGAGAGCUCAAGGCUCUGGGAAGCCUGCCAUGUCCUAAAAGCUGGAAUAUCAAACAUGGAAAGUUUCUAUUCUGCCGGUAUCAGCAUAGCUUCCUCCAUUGAUGAUCGCCCUGUGAUAACACCACAAUUUUCGCGACAGGUUAUUAGGUUGAUCACUGGUUGCCAAAGGGAAGUGGUGGGAUUGGAGGAGGAGAAUAGAAGCAUAAUGGAGACAAGAAUUGAGCCAUUAUCAGUAAGGCUUGAUGAGAAUAUAUACACUAUUGAGUCCAAGCUCAAUGCUUUCAAUGGCUUUAGAGGUGUUCUCUAUGCAAUGAGGAACGUGAGCUCAUUGCUAGUGAUGAUUUUGUUCAAUGGCCUUGUCUACUGCUGGCCUGGAACAAGCUUCUCCCAUGGAUGCUAUGAAGGAAAUGUGAUGUUUGGCUCUGCAUUUAUGGUUUCUACCGCAAGAUUGCACCAAAGAGUAACAGCUGAGAUGAACCAGACUAAUGGGCACAGAGGUAUUCUUCUUUAUGAAUUCAGAAGAGCCAGAGAAGCCAUGGAAGAGCUGAAAGAAGAAUUGCAGAGGAUUGUGGAGUACGGAGCAGAUGUUCGUGUCCACGAAAAGGUUGAGAACUUGAAGUCUUGCUUUGGGAUAUUGAAGUGUGGGGCUGAGAGUGUAAUCAUGCAGCUUGAUGAUCUCUUUGAUGAAAUAGUAGAAGGUAGGAAGAAGUUUUUGGACAUUUGCACACAAAGGUAGAGAGAGAUUUCCUUUUGCAGCCAUAUGAAGAGAGAAAUUUUAAGUAGGAAAUUAAUCAGUUGAUGGUGUAGUUUUAAACUUUUCAUCUCUAUACAUUUCUUUUAUGUGUU